AUGACGUUUGACACAAAGCUAACGUGGAAAACUCACAUUGCUAAAAUAGCAGAACGAGUCUCCAAUAGACUGAAUGUACUGAAGCAUCUUGCUGGUAGCGUAUGGGGCUGUGCGCGCUCAGGUCUAAACACCACUUACAAGAUGUUUAUUCAGCCAAUAAUGUUGUAUUGCUGUGAGCCACUCAUUACAGCCACAGAGGUGAAUCUCAAACCCCUCGAGAAGGCACACAACCAAGCAUUACGACUAAUUACUGGAGGGAUAAAAUCAACACCCAUUGAUGCAAUGCUCCUUGUUACAGGAAGCACCACAAUAGGUUCCCUUAUCAAAGAAAAGGCCUUGAUCCUGUAUGAGAAGCUACUGCGCAUUCCCAUGGACAAAUUCUUCAGCACCUAUGAGAAUAGACCAAGACACCUGAAAACACAAUCUGGUCUAAUACAGAAAGCCAUAGAACUGAAGAAAGCAUUACAAAUCGAUGACAAACCAAAAAGCCUCUCUCCCCCAUGA